UGGCCACCAGUUUCCUGCUGUACGUUUGGCGCGUCUAUCCUGCUUCAGUGUAUAUCCUGUACGCAUCAAACGCGAGCUACAAGUUCGUCACCCCGGCGACCAUUCGUCGUCCUGCCUACAAGUUGAUUCUGUGUACGCGCGCUCUUUCCACUAAAACGCGCCUUUUGUAAAACAGGCUCGUGCGAAUUCAAAUGAUGCUGAAGUAAUCUUGAAGGAUGAGAGCCGCCUCAUGUGGCUCCAGGAAGCAAUGAAUUUACAAUUUAUGAACUUCUAUUUUAUACGAGACUUAAUACUAUGGUGCUGAACACCGAUUGGGCCCAAGUCGAAGUUAUCGAUCUAAUCAACGAUGGUUCGGGUUUGGCAUUCGGGAUCAUAGGAGGCAGGAGUACAGGAGUCGUUGUCAAAACAAUUGUACCUGGAGGUGUUGCCGAUCGGGACGGUAGAUUGCAAAGCGGUGACCACAUUUUGCAGAUAGGUGAGGUAAACUUGCGUGGGUUGGGUUCUGAGCAGGUGGCUUCGGUUCUUCGUCAAUGCGGUGUGCACGUGCGGCUUGUGGUUGCAAGACCGGUCGAAUCCACUUCCACAGACUAUCAGACGUUGGGUAGCCAUGCGCCCAUUGUUCCAACGAAGAUCUUGGGCGAUCCAGUUGAACUCGACAAACAUCUCAACGAAAAUGGAUACUCGGACAUUUAUUUCCAAAAUCCGUCCAACUCUUACUCAACGCCUUAUAUAUACUCGGGCCAGCAAAGUGAUCUUCAACUUCAUACUAUUUCCGGAUUAGUGGACGUUGUUCGUAAUCCAUUGCCGAUUGGAACGGUUCCAACGUUACCUCCUCAAUCACUUCCGCCUGUGACUACCGUUGAUCUUCUCCCUCUAGAUAUGGCUCUCAGGGAUUCAUCACCGGAGACAGAGAUUUAUACAAUAGACUUAAUGAAAGAUGAGUUGGGAUUGGGAAUCACCGUCGCCGGUUACGUAUGUGAAAAGGAAGAAAUCUCCGGAAUAUUUGUUAAGAGCAUCAGCAAAGGAAGUGCCGCGGAUCUAACUGGAACGAUCAAAGUUAAUGAUCGUAUAAUUGAGGUUGAUGGAAAAUCUGUGCUUGGAUCAACAAAUCACCAGGCCGUGGAGCUGUUAAAAAGUACAGGAAAUAAAGUGAACAUACGCUUUGAAAGGUACCUAAGAGGUCCAAAAUAUGAACAACUGCAGCAAGCUAUAUUAGCCAACGAACUGAAACCUCCUUCACCGCCGUCACCGUCUGCCUCUUCGUUGCCUAAAAUACCUUUAAGUCUUGUACAUAUGAGCUCAUUGGGCAUUGAACCUGAUUACGAAUCUCGAACAAGUUUCGAUUUUGAUUCUGCCGUCCUUCAUGAUUUUGAGGCACCAUUGCAUGACCCCAACGAGAUUUUCAUUGAUACAGUUGAUGGAAGAUUGUCGAUGCAGUUUAGCAUUUGCAGUCAAGAGUCUAUCAAUACCAAAUGGCGUGAUAAACUUACAGACGAAGUGCAAAUUGUGAUUGCCGAAUUGACGAAAGAACCAACGAAUGGCCUUGGAAUUAGUUUGGAAGGUACAGUAGACGUGGAAGGUGGCCAAGAAGUUCGUCCACAUCAUUAUAUUCGGAACAUUCUUCCACAUGGUCCAGUCGGUAAAAAUGGAAUUCUUGAAUCCGGCGAUGAAUUACUCGAAGUCAAUGGUAUACAGUUGUUAGGAUUAAAUCAUGUAGAGGUAGUAUCUAUUUUGAAACAACUUCCAAGUUUAGUUGUACUAGUAUGUGCUAGAUAUUCUGUGCCAACUCGUAUUAUCGACACGUCUCAACAUCGUGAAGCAUUUCAAGCUCGAAAUAUUUUAGCGGGAAGUUUGAACGCAAUUAUGCAGAGUCCUGAACGUUUAGUCAAAGCCAAAUCGGAUACUUCGAUAGCGUCGAGUGUCCUUAGUGAGAGUUGCUGUAGUCGAUCUCGCUCACUAGAAUUGGUGGCUGGUUUAGCAAUGUGGACCAAUGAACCCACAAAUGUCAUAUUGAAUAAGGGCGACCACGGUCUUGGAUUUUCUAUAUUGGAUUAUCAAGAUCCGCUGAAUCCUCAAGAAACUGUGAUAGUAAUUCGUUCACUAAUACCAGGCGGAGUUGCCCAAACAGACGGUCGUCUAAUUCCCGGUGAUCGUCUUUUAGCUGUUAACGAUAUAGAUGUCGAGCAUGCGAGCUUGGAUAGAGCUGUGCAGGUUCUCAAGGGUGCCCACAAAGGACAAGUGAAGAUUACUGUUGCCAAACCUUUAUCCAACGACUCGAUUUCACACAACAGCCAAGAUACUGAAGAUGAUCAAACUUGCAUCGAUGAUUUUCAAGAGUGCAUCGAAGAAUAUCAAGAAUGCUUGGAAGUUGUGCAGAUAGCAAUAGAAGAAGACCGUUCGUUCAACUAUUCACCUUGCAUGUCACAAGUAGAAGAUAUUUGUGCAUCCAGCAAUGUUAUUCACAAUUUCACGAAGCGAGAGCCUGAAGUGAAAAACAGAAGCUCGUGUGAUACAAUUAGUACAAAUAUAGAAAAUAAUAAUUUAGUCAAUCAUAUCCUGAUAAAAUCAGAUACGUUGCCUAAAAGUGCUGAGGAUUCAGAGAAGGACGGUUAUGAGACGUGCUUAGAUGAGUCCUUCUCCGACGAGUUUCUCAAAAACGAUAAAACACCAACAAACUCUCUGAGCAAUCUAGUUAAAUGCGAAUCGAUGAUACAUUUUGCUGAAGAGGUCGAAUUAAACAAGCAAAAGCUGGAAAUAGAAUUGGCUCAAGUGGGAGAAGAGUUGGAAAGAAUAACGAAAAAAAAGGAAAGUCUGAAAAAGAAGGAGAAAAAAAUUGAAGAGAAAAAGUACCAAGUAGCAGAGCAGCACGAUAGCAAAGCUUUUUUAGAGAAAGGCAACGAUUUGUUUGAGGGGAAACAAAUAAUUAAAAUUGAUUUGGAUAUCUGCACGAAAACCAAUCAUACAAAUUCGUUGCCUUGCUUACUAUCGGAUUCAAAAUACGAACAUCAAGACGAUGGACUCAAAUCGUACGACAAUACCCAUGACUCGAUACGCGAAGAUGAGUUUUUUCUAGUGCAAUAUCCUGAAGAGAUACCUGAAAAAUGCCAUAGUGAACCGAACGUGUUGGAGAGAUUAAGCAAUACUACUUACAGAUACAAAAUCGAAGAAUAUUACAAUGACAUAGAAGAUUGCUUGGAGGCGUUUCGAGAAGUCAAAUUGAAAAGUAAAGAGAUUGACGAUGAUUAUAUUUUCAACGAGAUAAUGCUAUCAAUACGUAGUAAAUCCGCCCCAGAUAUUCUCGACAAUUCUUUUAUUACCUUGACUUAUGACCCAGGACCUGACCGAGUGCGGAGAAAAUCUGAAUUUCUUCACGGUAUUUGCAAUAUAAGUGAAGAAGACCGAUCAAAUUUUAGUAAACUAAUAGAUGAUAGAACGGAUGGAAUCGAGAGUUCAGAAUUUAGCAAAAUGCUGGAGAAACAUUGGGGACCAGAAAGAAUCGUUGAGAUAAGUAGAAAACCAAAUACCAGUUUAGGAAUUAGCAUAGUUGGUGGAAAGGUUGAUUUACAUCACGAAGAUAAUUCGGAGACGAUUUUAGGAAUUUUCAUUAAAAAUGUAGUACCUGACAGUCCAGCUGGAAGAAGCGGUCAAUUGAAGACUGGUGAUCGUAUUUUGGAAGUUUGCGGUGAAAACUUAAGAAAUAUUAAUCACGAAAAAGCGGUGGAGGCUAUAAAAUAUGCGAAUAAUCCAGUAACAUUUCUAGUGCAAUCUCUCAUCGGUCAGGUAGAAUCGAAUAACAUUCAGUCGCAGAAACCAGUGGAAAAUUCGUUACAAUCCUCAUCACAUCAAUCUUCACUGAAGAAACCGCAGAUCAACAACAUCGACACCUCGGUUCCAAUUGUAAAGGAAAAUUCGACGCUGAUCAAGCAAAAAUCGGUUGAUUUUAACGAUGCUGUUGACGUUAAAAAUGAAGAAACAAUCGUUGCUGAUUCACCCGAAAAGAAACAGGUUGAAAGAUCAAAAUCAUACGAAUCCAGCGAUGAAAGUGAUGACGAUGAAGAGGAUACACGAGAAUUGGAAGGAAGGACGGUUUCCAAGCAAGGAGAAGAGAUCGAUCGAGCAUCAGCUGCUAAUGUCAAAAGAACUAAAGAAGAAAUCGACGCCGACGAAGAAGAUGAAGACGCUUUUGGAUACACAUUUAAUAAAGUGAAGAAAAAGUAUUCGAAUUUGGGACAUUCGAUCCUAAUGGUUCAGUUGGAGAGGAGCGUCGGUCAGGGCCUGGGCCUAAGUUUGGCCGGCCACAAGGACCGCAACUGCAUGGCCGUCUUCGUUUGCGGAAUUAAUCCGAUGGGAGCGGCGUAUCGCACCGGAGGCAUACAAGUCGGUGAUGAGAUACUAGAGGUGAACGGCGUUGUGCUUCACGGGAGGUGUCAUCUUAAUGCGUCGGCCAUCAUCAAAGGAUUAUCUGGACCAAUAUUUAAAGUUAUUAUACUAAGACGAAAGGCAGCCAUUGAUGACAUCGCCGUACGACCCAUAACGCAAUUUCCCGUUUCGCUCGCCGAAGAGGCUUCCGAGGAAUCGUUUAGUAACUAUCCAAAUGUCAGAACGAUAUCUAUUAAGAAGGGAAACCAGAGUUUAGGAAUAAUGAUAAUUGAGGGAAAGCAUGCGGAAGUUGGUCAAGGAAUUUUCAUAUCGGAUAUACAGGAAGGCAGCUCUGCGGAAAAGGCUGGACUAGAGAUCGGUGAAAUGAUACUGGCAGUUAACAAAGAUUCCCUCCUAGGCUCCAACUACGAUACUGCCGCCAAUCUGUUGAAACGAACGGAAGGUUUAGUAACGCUUGUGGUCUCCAAUCCGGGAAAGAAGCCGCCUCCCGCUACGACCUCUGGAGCGACAACGGCUCAAACCACAAGCCCUUCUUCGGCCGAGCUCGAAAAGAAUGCUUCUUCACAAAACCUCAAGCCCGGAACUGCCUCACCCAGGCCUUCAACGCCGAUACCAGAGCCACCGACUGACCCAGCUACUUGUCCCAUAACCCCGGGCCGGGAAACCACAAUCGAAAUCAACACCGAUAAUAAAACACUAGGCAUUUGCUUCGUCGGUGGAAAAGAUACUUCCAUACAGAAUGGUAUAGUCAUAUCGGAAAUAUAUAAAGGAAGUACAGCCGAAAAAGAUGGUAGACUUCAAUCUGGAGAUCAGAUUAUGGACGUAAACUCUACACCCUUAAAGGAUGUUACGCAUAGUUCUGCGUCACAAUCACUAAAACAGACACUGCCAAAAAUGAAAUUGCUGAUUUACAGACCAGAAAAGUUGGAAUUUCAAACGAUAGAUACUGAAUUAGUGAAGAAGCCUGGUAAGGGACUCGGUCUAAGCGUCGCUGUCAGGAAAACCGGCAAAGGAGUCUAUGUAAAAGAAAUCUUGAACGGUGGAUGUGCGGACGUUGAUGGUAAAAUAAUGAAAGGUGAUUUGUUAGUUUCAGUGAACGGACAAAAUAUAGAUGAGUGCCCCGGAGAUGAAGCCGGCGCCGUCUUGAAAACCGCCACCGGCAAAGUAACACUGAAAUUGCAUAGAUACAAACCGGCGCAAACCUAAUUUAAUUGUACAAAACGUAUUUAUUUAUUUAUUUAGAUGUGGUGAUUUAAAAUUGGUGUAGUGAAGUGACUCCUAUAUAAUUAUAUAAGAAUGUAUUCAUCGUUCA